CUUAUCCAUACCUAUCAGGCUUUCAAUUGUUUCUCUGUGUGUGUAUGUAUAAAUGCAUGUAAUUCCUUCACAGGUCCAGGCUCCAUCAAUGGCAGACGCCUUCAAAGGAAACUCGUUUGCCUUCACCAGCUAUACCACUCAGUUCCAAUCAUCACCACUCACUCCUCUCAGAGAAGCCCUUCCCCUUCUCAGCCUCAGUCCUAAGAAGCACCACCACCACCGCUACCAUCUGCAGCAGCAGCAGCAGCCUUCCUGCAGUGCCUUCGAGGAAGGCGAUUACAAGAGCAAGCGGUCAAAUGGCGGAGAGAAUGUGGAGGAAGCUGUGAGUGUGGCACUCCGCAUAGGUCUCCCGAGCCUCAGCGAAGCCGAUCUCAUCUCCAGGGUCUCUUCUACUUCAGUGAGUGAAGACAAGGAGUGCCAAAAAGGAGGUGGUGGUGGUGAUGGUAAUCCUUUUGCUCUCUCUAGCGUAGGCAAGCUCACCAGAGGCCAGUAUUGGAUUCCCACCCCCUCUCAGAUCCUCAUUGGCCCUACCCACUUCUCUUGUCCUGUUUGCUGCAAGACCUUCAACAGAUACAACAACAUGCAGAUGCAUAUGUGGGGGCACGGGUCGCAGUACCGGAAGGGACCGGAGUCGCUGAGGGGGGCGCAGCCCACGGCGAUGCUGCGGCUGCCGUGCUACUGCUGCGCGCCGGGGUGCAGGAACAACGUCGACCACCCGCGAGCCAAGCCGCUCAAGGACUUCCGGACUCUACAGACUCACUACAAGCGGAAGCACGGGAUCAAGCCAUUCGUGUGCCGCAUGUGCGGCAAGGCCUUGGCGGUCCGCGGCGACUGGCGCACCCACGAGAAGAACUGUGGCAAGCUGUGGCGCUGCACCUGCGGCUCCGACUUCAAGCACAAGCGAUCUCUCAAGGACCAUGUCAAGGCGUUCGGGCGCGGGCACGCGGCCCACGGUCUCCACCGCUUAGACGAGGAGGAGGACGAGCCGUCAUCUGAGAUCGAGCAACAUAGUCAUCAGGUUCAGCAGCAGCAGCAGCAGCAGUAGGGAAGGAGAUGAUAAGAGUCCCAAAUCCAUCCCUUCUUAUGUUCUUGUUCUUCUGCAGAGCUGAGAUCAUAGUCUGAUAGUAUUAAUCCUCAGCUAACUGCAUCACGUUCCCAUCCUCUGCACUCACUCAGCUUUUUGUUCGGUGGAUGUGAUGCUUUCGUGCUUUUGCAUGGUGGAUAUGUACGUCGGUUCAUGGAUGGAACAUAAACCAUGAAUUAUUCAGAUCGAA